CCCUCCCAUUUGCCAUUCCCCACUCUGCCAGAAUGGAAAUCCACUUCCAAAGCCACCAAGAACAAGAACCAGAACCAGAAAUCCCAAUCCAAACCACAUUCCGAAGCAGAGCCACCAAGAAGAACAAGUACGUCGGAGUGAGGCAAAGGCCGUCGGGAAAAUGGGUGGCGGAGAUCAAGAACACCACCCAGAAGAUCAGAAUGUGGCUCGGCACCUUCGACACUCCGGAAGAAGCCGCCCGAGCCUACGACGAAGCCGCUUGCCUUCUCCGCGGAUCCAACACCCGAACCAAUUUCGUCAACCAUGGCUCCCCCCCUAAUUCCCCACUCUCUCUGAAGAUCAGGAACCUCUUCAACCAGAAGAAGACCACCAAAAAGGGCGGCGGCGGCGGCCUUUCUUUCAAACCCACGAAGAAGACGAUCCAGACCAACUGCGAAACUUGCAGCAGUGGCGUGAAGCAAGAUGCCCAGAUUUUUGACGGGGCUUACAAGCCGGAGUUGAGAAAUUUUUCGGAGGGAUGGAAGUGGGCUGGUCUCGUCAGUCCGAUCAGGCGUUGGCGGAGGAGUUUGAUGGGCUUCCGGCGAUCCCGGUGGCGUGGAGGCUGAGAUCCCGGAAUUCGAGAGGAUGAAGUUUGAGAGGCAGAUUUCUGCGUCUCUUUACGCGAUGAAUGGGGUGAACGAGUACUGGAGAAUUUUCAGGAUUUAUCGGGAGAUGAGUUCUGGGAUCUUCCUCCGAUGGCGUGUCAACUGUUCUGCUCCGGCUGAGUCCUCUGCUUCUCUUCCCACCCCACCCCACCGCCGAGUAAUUUUGAAUUAGGUUUCUAGUACUAGUAAAAUGUAAAAGGGGAUUUUCUAUCUAACUGGCACUCGAAUUGUCGUC